AUGGCAGGAGACUACGACGUUGCAAUAAUCGGCGGCGGCCUCGCUGGCAUGACCGCAGGUCUGUACUCCGCUCGCUACGGAUUGCGUACCGCUGUUAUCGAACGGAUGAUGGGUGGGGCCUCCAUCAUCAAUGUUGAUAAGGUGGAGAACUUCCCCGGGUUCCCUGAAGGCGUCAUGGGGGCCGACCUGGCUGCCAUGAUCCAGGAACAGACCAUGAAUGCCGGGGCUGAUUUCGUAAUGGGCGAAGUGUCCGGCAUCACGGAGCGUGGUGAAUACCGGAUCGUCAACUCGGACGCUGGGGACAUUCAGUCCAAGGCCUGCGCCACCUGCGACGGUCCCCUGUACAGCGGCGAGGUGGUUGGUAUCGUAGGCGGCGGCGACUCGGCAGCCGACGAAGCCCUAGUGCUGGCCCAAUACGCCGACAGGGUCCUGCUCUUCCACCGGCGCGGCGAGCUGCGGGCCCAGCAGGAACUGUCAAACCGGGUGAUGGCCGAACCCAAAAUCGAAGUCCACUGGAACUCGGUCAUAGAGGAAGUCCUCGGCGAAGACACCGUUUCCGGGGUUCGCACCACCAACCUGUCCACCGGCACUCCGGAAGUUGUCGAGCUUUCCGGAUUGUUCGUCUACGUUGGCCUGACUCCCAACUCCGGCAUAGUCGGCGGCCUCUUGGAGACCGACGGCGGCGGGCACAUCCCGGUCAAUGUCUCUAUGGAGACCUUGUUGCCCGGCGUCUACGCCGUCGGCGACAUCCGACAAUACUCGUCGUCGCAGCUCGUUUCAGCAGCUGGCGACGGCGCUACCGCGGCCAUCGCUGCAUACCGAUACAUCAGCGGCAAGUCCUGGAACUGA